AUGAGCAGGUUGGGCCGUGUCUGGAAUGCCACGGCUCCUCUUCUAGAACGGAAGUCAAAGUUCAUUGGGUGGAGUACCCCAUUGACCGAAAUUAGCCAACUGGAGCCAGUUUUACAGGAGUUCACCGAAUGUCAUCAAAAAGUUCUUAGUAAAGCAACCCAUCCAAAGAUGUAUGCAUGGCGGCUUACUGAUGAUGCAGGGAAGCUUUUGAACCAAGGAAGUCACGAUGACGGUGAGAGCGGUGCUGGGAACCGCCUUUUGGGCCUUUUGGAGUUAUACAAAUGCCGCAAUGUCCUUGUAGUUGUUAGUAGGUGGUAUGGUGGAAUCCCUUUGGGUCCUUCGAGAUUUCGAUGUAUCAGUUCAGCUGCUCAAGAGAGUCUCAAAAUUGGAGGGUUCAUUACUACCAAGACUAAACUAAAUAGAAAAUAA